AUGUCCAACCGCGUUGAAAGAGAGGCCGAAGACAACUACGAGGCCGAGAACGACGCCGCCCCCAUUCCGGACGAGAUUGUGGACGAUACGUACCUGGGCGAGACAAAUCCGAACCUGACGAAUCAGGUUCCUGUCCAAGCCGACGAGGAUGAUUAUGAAGAUCCCAUGCAGCCGCCGUAUGCUAACACUGAUGAGCAGCUCGCGGACGACGACAACGAGGCGAUCGACCAGUCCAAUAUCCUCAAAGGAGAUCGAUUGCGCCACGGAAAGCCCCGAUCUACGAAUAGGUAUAGUGAGGGUCCUAAUGAGGACGAUCUGCCUUCAGAUAUCCGUGAUGGUCUGUCCGGUGUCUCGGGCUUGAAGCGGCUGUCAUAG